AUGCUAGAGUUGCUGCUAGAGCAAACAGAAACGCUUCUCUCGCUCUUAACAAGCUUAUGGAAUACUGAUAAAAAAGCUAAUCAUUUAUAUUUGAGUUAAACUUGGAAUUAUAGAGAUAUUAAAAAUAUCCAUAUUAUCUUUGAAUGUUUGUAUUUCAAAUAAUUAGUAAGUAUUUUUAAUACUCUAAAGUAGAUUUCUCAUAUAGUAUUUUAGCAUUAUGAAAAGAAUAGUUCAAUAAACAUGCAUAGACAAUUCAAUUAUUAAUAUAUGUAGCAAUAUCUUAGCAUUAUUAUUACCUUUUAAUAUGAAUUUUCAUGCUAUCUUAAUUAAAUUUAAGCAUUUUUGCUUUUUAAUUAUGUAAUUAAGUACUAUUUUUAUACAAUAGAUUACAUUCAAAAUUUAUUAGUUGAAAACCUACUUAGCGAAAUACUUAUUAAAUAUGAUUUUUAUUGUAUCUAAAAGUAAGAAAUUUAUAAAUUUGAGAACUUUUAGCUCUCAAAAUUCUAAAAUAAUUGA